AGCGUAGCAGGCUGGCUCCGUCGUCAUCGUGGAAUUGACAGCAGUGGGGAUGAGGAACAAGGGCUCUUGGAAGCGGCUGGACCUUCCUCGGAGCCUGACCGCCCCCCAAGCCAGGCUAGUUCUGAUUCCUCGGAAGAUAUUCCGGUGCGCAAUAAGUCUCCCACAGAUACACCGCGCAUGAAGAAAAUGCGCAACAUCAUUGAUACGGCUUGUCCAACCGCAUUAAAAGCAGCUGAUUUCCAAGUGUGCAUUACCAUCAUCGAGGCGCGCCAAUUGGCCGGCCUGAACAUGGACCCGGUGGUCUGCGUGCAGGUCGGCGAAAUUCGCAAAUACUUCGUCUUUGAUUUCCACAUGCCGCCAAUCAUACUCUUCGAUAAGAUCAUCACUUUAGCG